CAUUUGAACAGCUGCUUGCAAAAAUUUUGUUUUGUACGCUCAUUAUCUUUUAUCGGCAAAUACUACUACGUGCGUAAUCAAACUGAUUUAACAAUGCUUAUCAGCGGCAUUUAUUAUUGAUAGUUUAUUUGCCAAACAAAGCAUGGAGUCAGCUACUGUGGAGGUGCAUCCGCUUACCAGCGACCCGACCGCUGCCUGGAGUGAGAUCAGCAAAAGUCAGCGCGUCAUCAAGGUGGUUAUGAAGCCACCAACCACUACGGUAGCACCCAAUAAAGCACGAGUGGUCUGUAUGUCAGAUACGCACUCGUUGACGCCUUAUAUCAAGUUUGAUAUACCCGAUGGUGAUAUUUUUAUACAUGCUGGAGAUUUUACAAAGUGCGGGCAGCUGCAGGAGGUGCAGGAGUUCAAUACCUGGAUAGGCGCGCUGCCGCACAAGUAUAAAAUAGUCAUAGCUGGCAAUCAUGAGCUCAGUUUUGAUCGCACGUUUACGCAUCCGUUUCAGAACAAAGGGCAUACGGAGCGUUCCACACAUACUGGCCUGACAAUCUUGGACGACUUGCCCACGCUGGGCAAUGAUAAACAGAGCAUGGAGAGCGCUGUGCAAACGCAAAAUAUACGCGAUGUUUUGUCAAAUUGCACUUAUUUGGAAGAUGAGCUACUGGAGCUGUGGGGCGUGCGAAUUUAUGGCUCACCCUGGCAGCCAGAGUUCUGUCGCUGGGCUUUUAACGUGCCGCGCGGCACUGCCUGCUUGGAUAAAUGGAAUCAAAUACCUGCUGGCGUUGAUAUACUUGUGACGCACACGCCGCCCGUGGGACACGGCGAUCUUUGCUGCUCUGGCGUGCGUGCUGGCUGUGUUGAGCUGCUGAGCAGCGUGCAGAAGCGUGUGCGUCCAAAGUAUCAUGUUUUUGGGCAUGUGCAUGAGGGCUACGGCAUUACCAGCGAUGGCCGCAUUAUAUUUGUCAAUGCAUCUACCUGUGACAUUAAUUAUCUGCCCAACAAUGCUCCCAUAGUGUUCGAUGUGACGCUGCCGCCUGGCGUGCGCAAAGAUUAAUCCAGAGGCUUGAUGUU